AUGGAAAAGUCUAGUAUUGAUUUGAAUCGUGAAACAUCAUCGACAUCUAUCUCUGAAACCCAACCUGAACAUAGUGUUGAAGGGUUGGAAAAUGUAGUUCUACACAAUGAAGAUGAAUCAAGGCAUAAAUGUAAAGUCAAAUGGAGCAAGGAAGCCACUAUACUUCUGAUAAGUGGAUGGCUUAAUACAUGUAAGGAUGCCAUUGUGGGGAAUGACCAGACUUCUACACAUUUCUGGGCUCGAAUCGCAGAUUACUUCAACACCAACCAAAAAGGUGAGCAAGCAAGGACUGGAAGGCAAUGCAAAGACCAUUGGAACAAGAUGAAUCAAAAGGUGGCGCAAUUCAAUGGAUUUUAUAAACGAGUUCAAUUAGCACAUCACAGUGGUUGGUCUGAUGAGCAAAUUCUUGAGAAUGUACAUCAAUUGUACAAAUCUGAAAAUAACAACUCAAAUUUUCUGCUUGUGGACUGUUGGAGAUUGCUAAAGGAUGAGCCGAAAUGGAAUACAAUGUACCAACCAAAAGGUGGUAAGAGAACAAAGGUGUCAGAUACAGGGGCAUUUACUUCUUCAUCCAAUGCAGACAUCAGUGAUGAUGAAGUACGUGAAGUGCGCCCUACUGGCCAAAAGGCAGCAACGAGAAAAGGGAAGGAAAAAAAAGACACACAUGCUAGAUUUAUAGAGAUUAGUGAACGGAAAGCAUCUGCAUUGGAGAAAUUGGUGGCGAUAAAGGAGAAAGAGGCGACGAUAAAGGAGAAAGAGGCAGAAGAUAAUAGGAUGACAAAAUUCAUGGAUUAUCUCAUCAUGGACACGUCGCAUAUGACUCAUGAACAAAAGAAAGAUCAUGAAAACUUGUGUACUUAUAUUAAGAAUAAUAUCCUGAAUUCAACAAUGGAUUCGCCAAAUUCUCCGAAUCCAUACGACAAUAUGAGUCUAGAGGAUAUCAUAAUUGCAGAGUGUACUGACGAUCAUGAUGAUCAAUAUUUCAAAGCGCUCAUGGAUGGGGGUAGCUCAACAAGACAAGGAAGAAAGAGAGCCCACAUUGAUAGAGGUCAUGCAGAAGGACACCAACGUUUGUUCGAUGACUACUUUUCUGAUGAACCGGUGUAUAAAGAAUAUCAAUUUCGAAUAAGAUUUAGAAUGCGUAGACAUGUAUUCCUACGCAUAGUGCAAGCUCUAGAAAAUCAUUCAGAGUAUUUCCAUACGAGGUUUGAUGCAGUCGGUAGAAGGGGGCUUUCGCCAUUACAAAAGUGCACCGCUGCUAUGCGAAUGUUGGCAUAUGGAGCGCCUGCCGAUUAUGUUGAUGAGUAUGUUCGAAUUGGUGAAACUACCGCUAUUGAAUGUCUAGUCAAUUUCGUUCGAGGAGUGAAUGAUAUUUUUGGGACCGAAUAUUUAAGACGGCCCAAUGCUGGGGACAUUCGUCGCUUACUUCAAAUAGGGGAGGUGCGUGGUUUUCCAGGCAUGUUGGGAAGCAUUGAUUGUAUGCACUGGGAAUGGAAAAAUUGCCCAGUUGCAUGGAAAGGAAAAUUCACGCGAGGUGAUCACGGCAGGCCAACAAUCAUGCUCGAAGCAAUUGCAUCACAAGAUCUCUGGAUAUGGCAUGCAUUUUUUGGUGUUCCGGGAUCCAAUAAUGAUUUGAACGUGUUAAAUCAAUCCCCAUUAUUCACUGAAAUCUUACAAGGGCAAGCUCCAAGAGUUGAGUUUACAAUAAAUGGCACACAAUACAACAAUGGGUACUAUCUAGUAGAUGGUAUCUAUCCAGAGUGGGGUGCAUUUGUUAAAACUAUCCCACUACCUCAAGGAGAGAAAAGAAAAUUAUUUGCUCAAUGCCAAGAAGCGGUACGUACAGAUGUUGAGCGAGCAUUUGGAGUACUUCAAUCUCGUUUUGCUAUUGUACGAGGACCAGCACGUUUUUGGCAAAGAGAUGUUCUCAAAGAUAUUAUGUAUGCAUGCAUCAUAUUGCACAAUAUUAUUGUCGAGGAUGAAAGAGAUGCAUAUGAGAGUUUGGUUGAUUUUAAUUAUGAUGAUGGCCCUACAGACACCCCAACAGUUGAAGUAUUGCAUGGACCUAUUUCAGACUUCCCGACAAUGCUGCAAAGAAAUGCUGAAAUUCGUGAUAGAAAUAUUCAUCGCAAUCUUCAAGCAGACUUGGUGGAACACAUAUGGUCAAAAUUUGGAAAUCAUUUUAAUUAGUUUUUUUUUAAUUAUGUUAGA